AUGGCCAUCUCCUCGCGCCUGGCACUCUGGGAGCAGAAGAUCCGGGAGGAGGACAGGGGCCCAGCACCAUCCACCCCUCCCCUGCUCCUGUCGGUCAUCCCGGGGGGCUUCAUCCGGCAGCUCGUGCGGGAGACCGAGAAGGAGGCCAAGGCAGCCAGGCUGAAGAAGGAGCCCAAGGCUGGUGUGAAAGAGGAGCCCACAGGGGAGGACAACAAGCCCCGAGGUGGAGUCACUGCAGCUGCUGGAGGAGAAGUGACCAGCAAGGUGCAGCUGCUGCAAAACGGACUGAAAGCAGAGGGGCAGGGGAGCAAGGGGUUCCCGGGCCCCCCACGUAAGGAGCUGCCAGCUGGGAGGGCUUCACCAGGGGCCACCCCCAGCAAAGCCCCCUCCCCUGCACCCAGCCCAGCUGCAGCUGCCCCCAAACCAGAGACCUCUCAGCUGGAGGCUCCCAAGGCACAGAAGUCAUCGUGGCCUGAGAAGAGCUCCAAAGAUACCUGCCUGGGGGGCAGCCCCCCAGCUGCAGUCCCAGAGAAGAGCUCCAAGGACCCCCGACCAGGGAAUAACCCCCCAACUCCAGCCCCUGAGAAGACCUCCAAGGACCUCCACCCAAAGGGCAGCCCCCAGACUCCAGGUCCUGAGAAGACCUCCAAGGACCCCAGGCUGGGUGGCAGUUUCCCAGCUGCAGCCCCUGAGCAGAGCAACAAAGACCCUGGCCCAGGGAGCAGCCCCCUAACUCCAGCUCCUGAGAAGACCCCCAAGCACCCUUGCCCAGGGAGCAGCCCUGUAGCUCCAGUCCCUGAGAAGAGCUCCAAGGGCCCUCUCCUGGGGGGCAGAUCCCCAGCUGCAGCCCCCACACCCAGCAAAGGCCCCCAGCUCUUCAGCAAAGGCCUGGUGAAGGAGGGGGACGUGCCCAAAGGGACAGGUCCUGAGAGCACCAAGAAGGAGAAGGGGGCACCCCCAGGGUACAAGGAGCCCCUAGCUAAGGUGAGAUCCAAUAAGGAGUUGGGACCAGCCAAGAAAGAGCCAGAGAAGAUGAAGAAGGAUGUUGGAGGUGGGAAAAAGGAGCCAAAGGAAAUUAAAAAGCCUGGAAAAACUGCAGAGAAGUCAGAGAGGCUCAAAGAGGAGCCAGGAGGGAUCCAAGAGAAGUCAGAAGAUGUGGGAAAGGAGAUGGGAAAGGUGAAGGAAGAAGCAGGAGAGAGCAAAAAAGCCCCAGGAGAGGGUAAAGAGAUGGAUGAGAGCAUGGACAAAGAGCAGGUAAGUCCUGCAGGGUCCUGCAGGGUCCCUCUCUGCUCCCCUCAGGCUCCGAGGGAAGCUUGGUACGAAGCAGAGAAGGUCUGGCUGAUCCAGGAGGAUGGAUUCACACUGGCCACGCAGCUGAAGCCAGACGUGGGGACUCCGGAGCUGCCAGCAGGGAGGGUCCGGGUGCGCCGGCAGGGGGACGGCAGCGUCGCGGAGGUGGAGGAGGACUGCGUGCAGAGGACCAACCCCUCCAGCUUGGACCUGGCCGAGGACCUGGCCAUGCUCCUCAGCCUCAACGAGUGCAGUGCCCUGCACACGCUGCAGCAGCGCUACCGAGCCCGCCUGCCCUGCACCUACGCCGGGCCCAGCCUGGUGGCCAUCAGACCCAGCUUCGCCACCAGCGGCAGCGCGGGGAAGGUGCUGAGGGGCAAGCGGGAUGCCCCAGCCCCACACAUCUGCUCCGUGGCACUCAGAGCCUACAGGAAGCUGCUGCUGCAGAGGCAGGACCAGGCCAUCGUGCCCCUGGGACGCAGUGGGGCUGGCAAGACCUCAUGCUGCCAGAGCACUCUGGAGUACCUGGUGGGCAUGGCAGGCAGCCUGGAUGGCACAGUCUCGGUGGAGAAGAUCCAGGCACUGUUCACCAUCCUGGGAGCCUUUGGGUCAGUGACCACCAGCUGCAGCAGCAGCUCCACUCGCUUCUCCAUGGUCCUCUCGCUGGAUUUCACUGCCACUGGCCAGAUCACUGCUGCUCACCUCCAGACCAUGCUGCUGGAGAGGUCUCGUGUUGCCCAGCAGCCCCAUGGAGAAAGCAACUUCAACAUCUUCCCCAUGCUGCUGGCAGGGUUGGAUGUGGCACAGAGGACAAUGCUGCACUUGCACCAGGUGGCUGAGAGCAAUUCCUUUGGGAUCAAGCCAUGCUCAAAGCCCGAGGAGAAGCAGAAAGCCUCGGUGGCAUUCACCCAGCUCCAGGCUGCCAUGGGCACCCUGGGCAUCACUGCAGAGGAGCAGAUGGCCAUCUGGCGUGUCUUGGCUGGCAUCUACCACCUGGGAGCUGCUGGUGCCUGCAAAGUUGGCAGGAAGCAGUUCAUGAGGUUUGAGAGUGCAAGCAAGGCUGCAGAGGUGCUGGGCUGUGAGCUGGAGGAGCUCACCACAGCUGUCUUCAAACACCACCUGAAGCAGAUCCUGGCACAGGUCACGGCACGGGGCCACCACCAUCCCCCAGCAGACCAAAGCCCGGCAGGGCCAAAGAUGACAGGUGUGGAGUGUGUGGAGGGGAUGGCUUCUGGUCUCUAUGAAGAGCUCUUUGCUGUGGUUGUCUCACUGAUCAACAGGUCUUUCUCCUCCCAGCACCUCUCCAUGGCCUCUAUCACAGUGGUGGACACUCCUGGCUUCCACAACCCACGGCACCAGCGGGGAGAGCGAGCAGCAACCUUUGAGGAGCUCUGCCACAACUACGUCCACGAGCGGCUGCAGGCUCUCUUCUACGAGAAGACCUUCCUUGUGGAGAUGGAGAGGUACAGAGAGGAAAAUGUUGAGGUGUCUUUUGAUCUUCCAGAGCGCUCUCCGCUGGCCACGCUGUCCAUCAUCGACCUGAGCUCCUCACAGCCACAGGUGCUGACCAGCAGCCCUGGGGCCAGUCGCAAGGGGCUGCUGUGGAUCCUGGAUGAGGAGGUGCUGAUCCCAGGCUCCGGGGACAGCACUGCCUUCGACCGCCUCUGCUCCUACUUCACCACCAAGGGACCCGACCAGGAGGGGGACAGCUGCAUCCGGAGGUGUGAGCAGGCUCUGCAGUUUGAGAUCUCCCACCAGCUGGGCACCGACCCUGUGCGCUACGACCUCACAGGCUGGGUAGGCAAAGCCAAGCCCAACCUCUCCGCUCAAAAUGCCAUCCACGUCCUGCAAAGUUCCUCCAUCUCCGCGGUGAGGGAGCUGGUGGAGCCCCGCGCACGGGCAGUGCCAGCCUGCCGCGCCGUGGCGGGGCUGGAGGGACGCUCCCAGGCAGCCCUGCGCCGCAACGCCUGUGUCAGGAAGACCUUCGCCAGCAGCUUCGCAGCCGUGAGGAAGAGGUCGGUGUGUGCUCAGCUCAAGCUGCAGGCGGAUGCCCUCAUCAACCUUCUCCGACGAUCCCAGCUGCACUUUGUCCACUGUCUCCUGCCUGGACCAGGGAUGGAGGGGCUUGUCCCUCCUCCCCCCACACCACCUGAUGCAGCCCCACAGCUGGACAUGCCAACCCUGCGAGCCCAACUGGAGGGGACCCAGCUCCUGGAUGCUCUUCGCCUCCACCGCAUUGGGUAUGCAGACCGCCUGCUCCUGACCCAGUUCCGACGGCGCUUCCAGGUGCUGGCUCCAGAUGUCAUGAAGAAGCACUCCUCUGCCUAUGAGGUGCCAAAUGAGAGCAAGGCUAUAGAGGAGCUCUUCCAGGCACUGGAUCUGGAGAAGAAGAGCGUUGCCAUAGGACACAGCCAGGUUUUCCUGAAGCCAGGAGUCCUCUCCAGACUGGAGAAGCAACGUGACAAGCUGAUAGCCAAGAACAUGAUCCUGCUGCAGGCUGCUUGCAAGGGCUUCCUCAGCCGCCAGAAGUUCAAGAGGUUGAAGAUCCAGCGCCUGGCUGUGCGCUGCAUCCAGAAGAACCUGGUGGUGUUCCAGGCGGUCAGGCACUGGUCCUGGUGGCAGCUGCUGAGCCGUGUGCGGCCCCUGCUCAGCGUGAGCCUCGCGGAUGAGCAGCUGCACGCCAAGGAAGAGGAGCUGGCGGCGCUGAGAAAGAAGCUGGAGAAAUCUGAGCAGGCUUGCAGUGAGCUCAGGCAGACCACAGAGAAGCUGGAGAGCAAGAUCAUCGACCUGACGACGGAGCUGUCGGACGAGAGGUACAAGAGCGAUGCCACCUGCCAGGUCCUGGAUGGGGAGCGGGCAGAGAGGCUGAGGGGUGCCCGAGAGCUGCAGGAGCUGCAGAGCAAACAUGACCAAGUGCAGAAGAAACUGGAGUCAGUGGAAAAGCAACUGGAGGAGGCCCAGCAGCUGGUUCAGCUGCGUGAGAUGAAGAUAAGUGGCUCUGGAGGAGAGGACGAGUGGCAGGUGCGCUUCGACUGCGCCCAGACGGAGAUCUCCUUCCUGCGGAAGAGGCUGGCACAGCUGGAGGAGCGGCUGGACUCCGAGCUGGGAGCCAGGACAGGGCUGGAGCAAAAGCUUGCUGAGGCACAAGCAGCCUGUGAGGCAGCCAAGAAGAUGUCCCAGCAGCUGCGGCGGCGGUGCCGGCGCCUGCUCUGCGAGCUGGAGGACGCCAGGGUGCUCGCCGAGAGCCUGCAGACCCGCGGCCAUGAGCUGGAGAAGAGGCAGAAGAAAUUUGACCUGCAGUUAGCCCAAGCCUUGGGGGAAUCUGCCUUUGAGAAGAGCCUCCGAGAGAAGGUGUCGCAGGAGAACACCAGCAUCCGAUGGGAGAUGGGCAAACUGCAGCAGAGCUUGGAGCAGAAGGAGGCAGAGGUGGCCAGGCUGGCACAGCGGGUGACCACGAUGUCCAGCAGGCUGCAGGAGCUCAGCACCCCCAAUGCCCUGGAUGCCAACACUGUGCCCACACUCAAGAAGAAGCUCUGGGACCUGGAGGCCAGUGCUGGGGAGCAGCGGAAAGAGCUGGAGCGGCAAACGGCCGCAGUCGAUCACCUGGAGCAGCUCCAUCAGAGGCUGGAGCUGGAGAUAGAGCAGAUGAAGCAGAGGCACCAGAAGGAGCUGGAGGACAAGGAGGAGGAGCUGGAGGACGUGCGGCAGUCCUGCCAGAAGAGGCUCCGGCAGCUGGAGAUGCAGCUGGAACAGGAGUAUGAGGAGAGGAAGAAGGUGCUACAUGAGAAACAGGACCUGGAAGGGCUCAUCAGCACCUUGUGUGAGCAGAUUGGGCACCGGGACUUCGAGGUGGAGAAGCGGCUGCGGAGGGACCUGCGGCGCACCCGGGCGCUGCUGGCCGACGUCCAGCUGCUGAUGGCAGCCCCCGGAGAGCCUGCGGCCAGCGCCCAGGAGCUGCAGAGGCUGCGCAAGCAGCUGGAAGAGAGUGAAGCCAAGUGUGCUGAGGCCCAGAGGUCCCAGCAGACAGCAGCCCUGGAGCUGGAGAACUUGCACACAGAGCUGGAGACCCUCAACAGAAACAAGACCUUGGUGGAUGAGCAGCUGUGCCAGCUGCAACACGAGAGAGCUGACCUCCUGAAGCGUAUUGAUGAGGACCAGGAAGACCUGAACGAGCUCAUGGACAAGCACAAGGCUCUGAUUGCCCAGUCGGCGACGGAUAUCGCUCAGAUCCGGGAGCUGCAGGCACAGGUGGAGGAUGUGAAGAAAGAAAAGCAGAGCCUUCAGGAGAAGCUGCAGGCAGCACAGGCGCGAGCAGCACAGCUGGAGCAGUGCCCGGCCGAGCGCUCCAUCGUCAGCCGGCAGGAAGCUCGCAUCCGGGACCUGGAGAGCCAGCUGGACUUCCAGGCUGUGCAGAUGAAGCGUUUUGAGGUGCUGGUGCUGCGCUUGCGAGACAGCAUCAUCAAGAUGGGUGAGGAGCUGGAGAAGGCAGCUGAGGCAGAGGCACGGGAGAAGGAGAACAGCAGGUACUACCAGAGGAGGAUGGAGGAGAUGAAGGCUGACAUGGAUGAGCUGGUGCAGAGGGAGCUAGAGUCCAGCCGCCGGCGCGUGGAGCUGGAGCAGCAGCUGGCAGAGCUGGCAGCCGUGCGGCAGGUCCUGCAGGCAGACCUGGGCACCUCCAUCCGCCGCAUCGCUGACCUGCAGGUGGCCCUGGAGGAGCUGCGCUCCAGCGACGACAGCGACGCCGAGAGCGUGGGGACCACGCGGGAGUCGCUGUGCUCCAGGAGAGAGACGGAUGCCUGCUCCAGCGUGGGCUCUGUGCUCAGCCUGGAGCCUGCAGAGAGCAUCAAGUCCUGGAUAGGAUCCUCUGUGGGUACCAGCGUGGCUGGGAGCAUCUCAGCACAGUCCAUUGGCAGCCACAGCAGCCAGGGACCGAGGGUGAGCAGAGACACGAAGGAGCCAUCCCCCAGCCGGGUGCCUGCUUCCCGUGGCACUGUCAGGCCCAGUGAGGCUGCAGGUCUGGGCAGGGUGGCAAGUCCUUCCCUCGGUGCUAGGAGAAGGGAAUAUGGAAAACCUCCAGCAGAGGAAGAGGAGCUGGAGAGCCCCAAAAAGCCUGGGGAUAGGAUCGGAGAGAUGUCCCCAGCGCCCAGCUCCUCAGCUGCCCUCUCGGAGUACGUGGAGGAGCUGCGGCGGCAGCGGGGAGCGGAGCCAGGCUCCCCCUCGCUGGGUGACAGCUCUGCCCUGCCCAUUUACCGCACCACCGGUGCCGCAGCCCUGCGGCGUGCCAGGGCUGUGCCAGCAGCCGAGGAUUCCCUGGGGAAGGCGGAUGGGAGUCAGCUGAAGGACGGUGGAGGAGCAGACCCCAGCCUGGUGCGCUCCUCCAGCCUGCGGAGCGUGGCUCCCGAGCCAGCCGAGCCCGUGCGCUCCCCGGCGCUGGGCAGAGCGGCCAAAUUCGGCUCCUACGACUCCCUCCUGCAGAGCCUCGACGGCUCCGGCCGCCAGCCGAGCUCCCCAGGGACGGAGGUGCUGGGUGUGCCCCGGCCGAGCUCCUGGAGAAGCUACCUAGAGCCGUCGGUGGAAGACGUGGAGGUGGGAAGGGGUCCAGGAGGUCUCCUGAGCUCCCCAUCCAGCGAGGAGCUGCUGGGUGAGGGGAAGGGGAGCGACCCCUUCAGCUGGCGCAUCCCCACCCUCAACUACGAGAGGAGAACCAACGUUGACUUCGAUGACUUCCUGCCGGCCAUCCGCAAGUGCCGCUCCACCAGCAGCCUGGCCAAGCCCGGCAGGGACAGACGGGACGGCCACCGGCCCCUCACCGUCCGCUUCCAGGAUGAGGCCAUAGCGGGCAGCUCGCUGUCCUCCGAGAUGAAGGGCGCGCCCAAGCGCAGCCCGACCACCCGGGAGGACCCCGGGGACGUCUCUGACUCCUCCUCUUCCUCUGGAUCCGUCGUCUCCUCCCGGAGCACCGACAGCAUCAAGCGCCGGCCGCCGCCGCAGCCGCAGCGAGGGGACGGGGAGGGGAGCAGUGGCAAAGCCAGCAGCCAGGGCAGCAGUGCCAGCCGUCGGGCAGAGGCAGAAGGGAAGGAGGACGAUGUCACCAGCAUCAUGAAAAAGUAUCUGGGACAAGACUAA